AUGGUGCUGUGCCCGGUGAUCCGAAAGCUUGUUGGCAAGCGCGUGGUACUGGCCAGUGCCUCUCCGCGGAGACAGGAGAUCCUCAACAGCGCCGGCCUGCGCUUUGAGGUAGUGCCAUCCAGAUUUAAGGAGACUCUGGACAAGGCAUCCUUUUCUACACCUUAUGAAUAUGCCCUAGAAACAGCCAAGCAGAAGGCCCUGGAAGUGGCCAACCGCAUGAAUAAGAAAGACUUUCGAUCUCCAGAUGUUGUUAUAGGAGCAGACACUAUUGUGUCGGUGGACAGCCAGAUCCUGGAGAAGCCAGUCGAUAAGCAACACGCCUAUAGCAUGCUAUCAAGGUUAAAUGGAAAGGAACACAGUGUGUUUACUGGAGUAGCAAUCAUUCUUUGCAGUACUAAAGAUAAGCAGCUAGAAACAGAAGUCUUCGAAUUCUAUGAGGAGACCAAAGUCAAAUUUUCUGACCUGUCGGAGGAGCUUUUAUGGGAAUACAUUCAUAGUGGAGAACCAAUGGACAAAGCUGGUGGCUAUGGCAUACAGUCCCUUGGGGGCAUGUUAGUUGAGUAUGUUCAUGGAGACUUUCUGAAUGUGGUAGGGUUCCCAUUGAACCACUUUUGCAAAAAGUUGGUGGAAUUAUAUUAUCCACCUUCUAAAGAUGCCAUACAUCAUGUAAAGCAUGACUCAAUCCCUUCAGUAGAAACCUUUGAAGUUCUAAGUGAUGAAGAAAGUGGCAGUUCAAAUUCUACUCAACAAAAUGUGACCAGCAUGCUAAAAGGUGACAGUGCAUUCUCCUGUGGAGAUCCGGGGAGCCUGAGAAAGAAAGAAAUUGCUCAGCAUGUGAGUGGAGAUCCUGUGGCGAAUUGCAGUGAGAACAUGGAAAACCAGGCUCCAUUUCCAACUAUUCUUGUAGAGCUUUUGGAUGGCUUUAAAGCCUCAAAGGCAAUGUUUGUGGCCUGUAAGCUAAAGGUGUUUGAUCUGCUCAAAGGCAAAGCCAUUCUGAAGGCCAAAGAUGUUGCUGCCCACAUAAAUGCAUCUGUCUGUGGGACUGAGAGAUUACUUGAUGCCUGCACAGCACUUGAAUUAUUAAAUAAAACCAAUCAAGGUUACAGUAACACAGAAUUGGCCGAUAAGUUCUUGGUUUCUGACAGUGAAUAUUCUCUACAUGGCUAUAUCAUACAUGCUAACGAUUAUGUUUGGCCAUUCUUUACACACUUGGAGUCUGCUGUCAAAGAGGGAACGAAUCAGAACCAUCAAAUAUUUGAGAAGGAAGUCCAGAACUUGUUUCAGGACUCCUUCUAUCACAGCAAGGAGACAAAACUGCGGUUUAUGAAUGCCAUGCACUGCAUCACCAAGCUGACAGCAAGGGAUGUGGCCACAGCUUUUGAUCUGUCAGGAUUUCGCUCGGCCUGUGAUCUGGGAGGCUGUACCGGAGCUUUGGCUCACGUGCUAGUACAGGAGUACCCAAAUCUACACGUGACUGUAUUUGAACUUCCCGACGUCAUUGAAGACAUUUCUUCUUUUCAGCCUCCUGGACAAGACAGCAGCCGAAUAACUUUCACACCAGGUGACUUUUUCAAAGAAAACAUCCCUGAAGCCGAUCUUUACAUUCUUUCAAGAAUUCUUCAUGACUGGUCGGAUGACAAGAUCGAUAUAUUAUUAAGCAAAAUUUCAGAUUCUUGCAAACCAGGAUCUGGCCUCUUGCUGGCUGAAAUGGUCUUAGAUGAGAAGAGAAGACAUGGAAGAAGUGCAUGGCUUCAGUCCUUGAACAUGCUUGUCCAGACAGAGGGAAAGGAGAGGAGCUACUUUGAAUACAGAUGUUUACUUGAACGCCAUGGAUUCAGAAAUGUAGAGAUUGUGCUAACAGGAAAUUGGUUAGAUGCAAUUUUAUGCACCAAAUGUUAAGGGAAAAUCAUAACACUUCUUUGACUAUUAGAUUCUUUUACUGAACUUGUAUAUUCAAGUAGAUUUACAAAUUUUGAAAACAAAUCUUUUUUGAAAUUUUAUUCAAUCUUUUAUGAAAUUCACCUUUUAAAGGCUGUAAAAAUAGCAUAGGCCUAUUAGAUUAUUAAGAACAUAUCAGGUAUCUAUGAUCUAUAGGACAUUUCUCAUCUUCCAAUAAAUGUGAACUAAUAUAAUGCUUCCUUAUGUAUCAUUGAUCUUAGACUGUUGUAACAGUGAGGAAUUCAGUGAGUUUUUGAGUCUUCAAAAUACACAGAUAGUUACCCUAAAGCAUUUGCACCAUGGCAGUCAGUAUGAACAAGGAAGAGUAAUGAGGAA